AUGCGGCUUUCAGUAUGGUGGACAUUGUACGGGACCGACACGUGGUCGUCCUCCGGAGUUCGAUUACCCAAGAUCCUACCUCAGCGCGAUGUCCCUCUACCGAUGGCGGAAGGUGAAUUUUUGGCAUUGACGACUUCGACUCCUCCUAGCCCGAAUCAGCUCGUGAACCCGAGUUUACCCAUGUCAGAGCUUUCUGUGCCUGCUGAGUCCUUGAUGGCAUAUUCAGUGCUGCUAAACCAACGGCUUGCUCGGAUUGACGAGGUUAAUUCCCAUGCCGUGUCCGGUGACCUCUAUGGUCAAGAUCUCUUAGAGGCUGUCAGUGACAUCUCGAUGGAUCUUGAAGCAUGGAAGUGCGCUCUUCCGGAGCACAUGCAGAACAUUGCUGGUAAUAUGGAAUACUGGACACAACAAGGGCUUAGCACCGCCUUCGUUCUCCUGCAUAUUGACUUCAACCACUUCAACCAGCUACUCUUUUACCAAUUCCUUCACGGCAGUGCGCAGCGAGCGUCACCGUUCUCAAGAACCCACCAGUAUGCUCAGAAGUGUCGACACCAUGCUACGGAGCUGUCAAACUUGAUUCACUUGGCCAGUGUUACACCACGAGCCCAGCCUCUUUAUUCCCUUGGUGGUCAUGUUUUAGCGAUUGCAUCGACGGCUCUUCUGCACACCUUCCUCUUCGCCGACAAUGAGGUUGAACAGCAGAGUGCCAGGCGACUCCUCGAGCGAAACUUUGAGUUUCUUACAACACUGAGGGAGUAUUGGCCGUGUCUCGAUGUUACCUUCUCACGCUUUGAAGCAUUCCACAAUGCGUGCAUGCAUUGUCGGGAUGAUUCGCAUUUUCGGAUGGAUCAGUGGAUGCUAAAGUUCAUGCAUGAAUUUGCGAAGCCUAUCAGUGAGAGACGGUGGGAUACAAUGGGGGAACAGAAGACCGAAAAAUGGUCUUUGGCUAGCCUAGGGCUAAAGUAG